AUGGCGUCCAGACUUGUGUGCCUUUUGCCGCUGAUCUCAAACACGCUCGGUGCUGAAGUCGGAUCGCAUCAUCCUCUCAGAGAGCAGUUUGAUGGCUUUCGUCAACAGUACGGCCGAACAUACCAGGAAGGCACCGAAGAGUACGAAAAGCGAUUUGCAUUGUACCGCAAUGCAGCUCUCCUUGCUGAGCGUCUCAACAGUCGCCCAGGGCGUUUGUGGACCGCCGGAACGGGACCUUUGGCCGAUCGAAGUGAAGAAGAGCUCCAGUCUCUCCGGGGCUGGUUUGGAAGUGCCCGAGGUGGUCGCAAGGCCCGUGGCAACCUUCGGAUGGCCUCUCUAGCACAACUUGGAUCUGCAGACACACCUCAGGAGUUCCUGAAUUGGACCUCUCUGUCUUCACUCGAAAACGUUCGCGAUCAGGGAGGCUGUGGCUCCUGCUGGGCUGUGACAGCAAGUACGGUCUUGGACAGCCACGCAGAGAUCUACAAGUCCAAGCAGAGGAGUUUCUCAGCCCAGGAGCUCGUUUCCUGCGUCGCCAACCCCAAGAAGUGCGGUGGCUCAGGUGCCUGCAGCGGAGCGACCGUUGAGUUGGCCUUCCAGUAUGCCAUGGACCAUCCGGUGCAGACAGCUGCAGAUGUCCCUUACGAAGCAGUCGACGGGCAUUGCCAGGGGGUUGCUGCUUCCCUCUUGCAGGGCGACUCCACGGGUGACACAGAUUUGGAUGUGGCUGCAGUCGGCUUCCAUGCUGCGAGCUCUGAUGCUCCGGGGCUGAAGUUCAUGACCGGUUGGGAGCGGCUGAAGGAGAACGGCUACUCAGAGCUGCUGCGCGCAAUAAGCGAGCGCGGCCCGGUGGCUGUCUCGGUAGAUGCAACGACUUGGAGCGCAUACAUGUACGGCAUCUUCGACUCCUGUGAAAAAGAUGCGGUCAUUAACCACGCGGUUACGCUUGUGGGCUACGGUGUCGAGAAGAGCAAUGGCAAGAUGUACUGGACCAUUCAGAAUUCCUGGGGGCCAAAUUGGGGCGAGGAUGGCAAGAUCCGGCUCUUGAGACGGGAGGACGAGGAGAGCUACUGUGGUAUUGAUCAUCAGCCCGAAGAAGGGACCGGAUGUGAAGGCGGACCCAAGCAGGUGAAGGUCUGCGGAACCUGCGGCAUCUUGUACGACAAUGUGGUGCCGCACUUCAAAAAUGGUGAGCCGGAUCUUUGA